AUGCGACCCGCCCGCGCCCGGCGACCUUCAUGUCGCACGAUUUUCUCCUCAGACCGGCCGUCAGUGCCUGAGCGUUCGUUACUGCCCGGCCAGUCCGCGACAAGGACAAUCAGCACAUCACAACAACCACGCCCGAGUACGCAAGGAAUACCACCAUGCUCUACAUACACGGCGAGACGAUCCUUCGGCCUUCCCUCCCUCUCAUCCAUCUUGCCGUCCGCGCCCAACGGCAACAAUAACUCUCCUAAGCGCGUCCUGACGGCCACCCGCACGCUACCCUACUCGCCCGCCCUGCUCUUCAAAGUGAUCUCCUCUGUCGAGUCUUACUCGCAAUUCUUGCCCUUCCUCACAGCUUCCACCGUGACAGCCCGCGACCCGGAAACCGGCCAUCCAACACAAGCCUUUUUGACCGUGGGGUACGGCCCGCUCAGCGAAACAUUCACCUCGCGCGUGAUUUGUGAUCCUGCCAAUUGGAUUGUCGAGGCUCGCAGCGGCGCGAAAUAUGGAAACGCCGAUGGAAAUACUGGGGGCAGCAGCAGCAAGUCAUCUGGCCUCAGCGGAUUCUUCCCUGGUGCUACCGAGGGCAUUUUCGAGUACCUCUCCACACGGUGGGAACUGGUGCCGUUGGCUCCCGUGGAUGGCAGGGAUGGGCCACAGACGAAAGUGAAUUUGGAGGUGCGCUUUGAGUUCCGCAAUCAAUUACAUGCAACUGUCAUGGGCGCCGUGGAGGGACAAAUGGCUAGCGUCAUGAUUGAGGCGUUUGAGAAGCGCAUUCGGGAGACACAUACCCAGGGCCAAUAG